GAUGAAAAUUCUAAGAAAUUCACAUUGGAGUUAAUAAUAAAUUUAGAUUUUCAAGCCUUUUCAGAAGAUAUACAGGAUAUCUCAACUGCAGCUUCAAUGGAGUUGCAAAUUGAAAAUAGUAUAAAAAAUAUUGCAACAAUUUGGAAAAAGCAAGGUUUUGAUAUGGCAUUUUAUCAUGACGGCAUUUAUCGAAUUAAAAAUGUGGACGAUUGUUUUCAACUGCUUGAGGAGCAUAUGGUUCAGAUCUCUGCCAUGAAAGCCACUCGUUUCGUCGAACCAUUUAUAGAUAUUGUUGAUUAUUGGGAAAAAACUUUAUCGUAUACCAGUGAAACGUUGGAAAAGGGAUUGGCAGUUCAGCAUCAAUGGCUUUACUUAGAAAAUAUUUUUCAAGGUUAUGAUAUCCGCAAACAACUUCCGGAAGAAACCAAACGCUUUGCUACCAUAACAGAUGAACUUCGGACAAUAUCUUGUAAGAUGUUUCAGGCGAAAACCGCAGUUAAAUCUACACACCUACGUCCACCCCCAUUUCUCCUUAAUCGCUUUACUCGCAUGGACGAACGUUUAGAGUUAAUUCAACGAGCAUUGGAAAUCUAUUUGGAAUCUAAACGACAGUUAUUUCCACGUUUUUACUUUAUCUCUAACGAUGACAUGCUGGAAAUUUUAGGCAACGCCAAAAGACCUGACUUGGUGCAAAUCCACUUAAAAAAACUCUUUGAUAAUCUUUACAAACUCGAGCUAAAGCGGGUAGGGAAAACAUUAAAUAGAUGGCAGGCCACUGGUAUGUAUUCGGAUGAUGGAGAAUAUGUUGAAUUUUUACAGGUUUUAUAUAUUGACGGUCCUUCUGAACGCUGGUUAAAACAAAUUGAGGAAUUUAUGUUUUCUGUGAUGCGAAAGGUAUUAAAGCUGACGCGAGGAUCUUUAAAAAAACUAAUUGGAAAUCGAGAAAAGUGGAUUUCUCUUUGGCCAGGACAACUUGUGCUUACAACAACACAAAUACAGUGGACUACCGAAUGUACUCGAAGUCUUAUACAUUGCAAUAUGGUAGACCAAAAAAAACCAUUACGAAAGCUAAGAAGGAAGCAGAUAAAAGUUCUUCUUAGGCUUUCAGAAAUGAGUCGAAAGGAAUUAACUAAAAAAAUGCGCCUAAAAGUUAACACCCUAAUUACUCUUGAGAUACAUGGACGCGAUGUUAUUGAGCGCAUGUAUAAAGCCAACUGUAAGGACACAGGCCACUUUGAAUGGUUCUCCCAGCUUCGAUUCUACUGGCAUCGAGAAUCAGAGUUGUGUGUUAUUAGACAGACCAAUACUGAGCAUUGGUAUGGCUAUGAAUAUACAGGAAACUCAGGACGAUUGGUGAUAACACCACUUACUGACCGGUGUUAUAUUACAUUAACAACAGCGUUACAUUUACAUCGAGGAGGAAGUCCCAAAGGACCUGCAGGAACAGGAAAAACAGAAACUGUUAAAGACCUGGGUAAAGCAUUAGGCAUGUGGGUUAUUGUAACGAAUUGCUCUGAAGGUCUGGACUACAAAAGCAUAGGUAAAAACUUUUCCGGCUUAGCUCAGAGUGGGUGCUGGGGCUGUUUUGACGAAUUUAAUAGAAUAAACAUUGAGGUGCUGUCUGUGGUUGCGCAGCAAAUAAUGUCCAUAAUGUCUGCUCUGUCGGCGAAAACUGAUGAAUUUAUGUUUGAAAGUCAAAUAAUUAAAUUAAGGCGUACAGUUGGUCUUUUUAUAACUAUGAAUCCUGGAUAUGCUGGUAGAACUGAGCUUCCUGAUAACUUAAAGUCAAUGUUUCGACCGAUUUCAAUGAUGAUUCCGGAUAACAUAAUAAUAGCAGAAAAUUUACUUUUCUCAGACGGAUUCUCUAACACUCGCAAUUUAGCCAGAAAGGUCUUUACGUUAUACGAACUAGCCAAACAGCAGCUAUCAAAGCAAUUCCAUUAUGACUUUGGACUACGGUCUAUGGUUGCUUUAUUGCGGUACGCUGGCCGCAAAAGACGACAACUACCGAACACGAAUGAAGAUGAAAUCGUAUACCUAGCUAUGAAAGAUAUGAAUGUUGCUCGUCUCACAUCGAGCGAUUUGCCUCUUUUUAAUGGCAUUAUGUCCGAUUUAUUUCCUGGCGUUAUUUUACCUGAUAUUGACUAUAGCGAAUUCAGUAUAGCGAUAUUAAAUGAUUUUAAAGAUGCCGGACUUCAACCAAUUCCCAUAGCCUUUAAAAAAGUUAUAGAACUUUUUGAAACAAAAAAUUCAAGGCAUUCAGUAAUGAUAAUAGGAGAUACAGGAACUGCUAAAUCAGUGACUUGGCGAACAUUACAAGGUGCUUAUUAUCGAAUGAAUGCUCAAAAAUUUCAGUCUUGGGAAGCAGUCACUGUUUAUCCUAUUAAUCCAAAAGCACUAAAUCUUGCUGAACUUUAUGGGGAGUACAACUUGGCUACUGGUGAAUGGCUUGAUGGUGUUCUCAGCUGUAUUAUGCGAGUAAUUUGUGCGGAUGAAGACCCCAUGCAAAAAUGGCUUUUGUUUGAUGGACCUGUUGAUGCAGUUUGGAUAGAAAAUAUGAAUUCGGUAAUGGACGACAAUAAGCUGCUUACCCUUGUAAACAGUGAAAGAAUAACAAUGCCAGCGCAGGUAUCAUUGUUAUUUGAGGUAGCAGAUUUAGCAGUUGCCUCCCCAGCGACAGUAUCGCGUUGUGGUAUGGUAUAUAAUGACUACAAUGAUUGGGGGUGGAAGCCUUAUGUAAAUUCAUGGUUGCAAAGACAAAAAGUAAAACCAUAUGCUGAUUUUCUGAGGGGACACUUCGACUAUAUGUUAUUCAAAACACUCGAGUUUAGGAAAUUGCGUUGUAAGGAACCUGUAAAAACAAAUGAAUUAAAUGUUGUGACUUCAUUAUGCAAACUACUUGACGUAUUUGCAACGAAACAAAAUGGUAUAAAUCCGCAUAAUCUGGAAAUAUUAGAAGAGAUGACAAAAUUAUGGUUUAUGUUUGCUCUGGUAUGGUCUGUUUGUUCUACCGUUGACGAGGAAAGCCGUUUAAAAAUGGACUCAUAUAUUCGAGAAAUUGAAAGCUGUUUUCCUAUUAAAGAGACCAUAUAUGAUUAUUAUGUAGACUCGAAUGAGAAGACAUUUUUACUAUGGGAUACAAAACUUAUAGAUAAUUGGAGGUAUACUGAAGG